UGAGAGAUCUUGUAACCUUUAGCAAAUUAUUUAAUAUUUCUGUGUCUUCAUUUCUUCAUCUGCACAAAGGGGACAAAAAAAGUAUGGAAGGGUCUUAGGACAAUGUCUGGCUCAUAAAGAGUGCUUCUUAUUAUUUGUUUUUCUGCAGAUAUUUAAGCACCAAGAGGGCAUGGACCUUGUCUUGUUCACUAUAUUCAACACCUCCUGUGUGCUAGAUUGUGUAGACACAAUCCCUGCAUUCAUGGAGCUUGAAAUCUAGUCUGUACAUAUCAUUAUAAAUAAUAAAUCAUGUUCGUAAUAAGACUGUCGUGCUUCCAUAAGAAACUCUAGUUAUUUAUAGAACAUUUACUUAACUAAUUUUUUACAGUGACAGUGUUGCUUUAUAUGCUUAAGUUGAAAUCCUAAGGGGAAUGUUAGGUUGUCAUGGUUGUGCAACUUUUUACUCGUACUGCUGGUAAUUGAGUCCUCUCUGAUGCCUGGAUUGUUGGGAUUUGAAAGACUCAGGUUUAAGUUCUAAUUUUGCUGCUGAUUUUGUAUAUGACUCUGAGCAAGUUACUUCUUAAUCUUGUCUGUAAUUGAAUGUACUAAAUGAUAUCUAAGGUUUCUUCUAGCUCUCAUUUUGUUACUAAUCAACUUCACUAAAUUAUGUCAUGUUCUGCGGAUAGAGGAGAGCAAGAAUCCAUGGUCCAUGAUAUUAUUUGCCUUAAAACUAAAUCCUGAAAUCUAAAUGUUGAGCUCAUAUUCCAUAAUUGUAUUUUGGUUUUAUUUAUAGGUGCCAGAAGUGGGUGGAAAAUUGUAGGAGAGCAGAUUUAGAAGAUAAAACACCUGAUCAGCUAAAUAAACAUUAUCGAUUAUGUGCCAAACACUUUGAGACCUCUAUGAUCUGUAGAACUAUACAUUUUGCAGAGGCACCAGAAAACUAAAGAAUGAUUGGGUUAUUUUAUUUCUCAAAAUUAUUUGAAGCAGAUACUUGUGAAGUCAUUGGGAGAGUCCUUAUAGGACAGUUCUUCGAGAUAAUGCAAUACCAACAAUAUUUGAUCUUACCAGUCAUUUGAACAAUCCACAUAGUAGACACAGAAAACGAAUAAAAGAAUUGAGUGAAGAUGAAAUCAGGACACUGAAACAGAAAAAAAUUGAUGAAACUUCUGAACAGGAACAAAAACAUAAAGAAAUCAACAACAGCAAUGCUCAGAACCCCAGUGCAGAAGGGGGUGAGGAACAGGAUGAAGACAUUAUACCUUUAACCCUUGAAGAGAAAGAAAACAAAGAAUACUUAAAAUCUUUAUUUGAAAUUUUGAUUCUUAUGGGAAAACAAAACAUACCUCUGGAUGGACAUGAAGCUGAUGAAAUCCCAGAAGGUCUUUUUACUCCUGAUAACUUUCAAGCACUACUGGAGUGCCGGAUAAAUUCUGGUGAAGAAGUUCUGAGAAAGCGCUUUGAGACAACAGCAGUCAACACACUGUUCUGUUCAAAAACACAGCAGAAACAGAUGCUAGAGAUCUGUGAGAGCUGCAUUCGGGAAGAAACCCUCAGGGAAGUGAGAGACUCUCACUUCUUUUCUAUUAUCACUGAUGAUGUAGUGGACAUAGCAGGGGAAGAGCACCUGCCUGUGUUGGUGAGGUUUGUUGACGAAGCUCAUAACCUGAGAGAGGAAUUUGUGGGCUUCCUGCCUUAUGAAGCUGAUGCUGAAAUUUUGGCUAUGAAAUUUCACACUACAAUAACUGAGAAGUGGGGAUUAAACAUGGAAUAUUGUCGUGGCCAGGCUUACAUUGUGUCCAGUGGAUUUUCUUCCAAAAUGAAAGUUGUUGCUUCUAGACUUUUAGAGAAAUAUCCCCAAGCAGUCUACACACUCUGCUCUUCCUGUGCCUUAAAUAUGUGGUUGGCAAAAUCGGUGCCUGUUAUGGGAGUGUCUGUUGCAUUAGGAACAAUUGAGGAAGUUUGUUCUUUCUUCCAUCGAUCACCACAACUGCUUUUAGAGCUUGACAAUGUAAUUUCUGUCCUCUUUCAGAACAACGAAGAAAGGGGUAAAGAACUGAAGGAAAUUUGCCAUUCUCAGUGGACAGGCAGGCAUGAUGCUUUUGAAAUUUUAGUGGACCUCCUACAAGCACUUGUUUUAUGUUUAGAUGGUAUAAAUAAUGACACAAAUAUUAGAUGGAAUAACUCUAUAGCAGGCAGAGCAUUUGUACUCUGUAGUGCAUUAACAGAUUUUGAUUUCAUUGUUACCAUUGUUGUUCUUAAAAAUGUUCUUUCUUUUACAAGAGCCUUUGGGAAAAAUCUCCAGGGGCAAACUUCUGAUGUCUUCUUUGCAGCCAGUAGCUUGACUGCGGUGCUGCAUUCGCUGAAUGAAGUGAUGGAAAAUAUUGAAGUGUAUCAUGAAUUUUGGUUUGAGGAAGCCACCAGUUUGGCAACCAAACUUGAUAUUCAGAUGAAGCUCCCUGGGAAAUUCCGCAGAGCUCAGCAAGGGAACCUGGAAUCUCAACUGACCUCUGAGAGUUACUAUAAAGAAGCUCUGAGUGUUCCAACGGUGGAACACAUUAUUCAGGAACUGAAAGAUAUAUUCUCAGAACAGCACCUCAAAGCUCUCAAAUGCUUAUCUUUGGUACCCUCUGUCAUGGGACAGCUCAAAUUCAAUACAUCAGAGGAGCACCAUGCUGACAUGUACAGAAGCGACUUACCUAAUCCUGAUACACUCUCAGCUGAGCUGCAUUGUUGGAGAAUCAAGUGGAAACACAGAGGGAAAGAUAUAGAGCUUCCAUCCACCAUUUAUGAAGCCCUCCACCUGCCAGACAUCAAGUUUUUUCCUAAUGUUUAUGCACUGCUGAAGGUCCUAUGUAUUCUUCCUGUGAUGAAGGUUGAGAAUGAACGCUAUGAAAAUGGUCGAAAGCGUCUCAAAGCAUACCUAAGGAAUACUUUGACAGACCAAAGGUCAAGUAACUUAGCUUUGCUUAACAUAAAUUUUGAUAUAAAACAUGAUUUGGAUUUAAUGGUGGACACAUAUAUCAAACUCUGUACAACUAAGUCAGAGCUUCCUACAGAUAAUUCCGAAACCGUUGAAAAUACCUGAGUGACUUUCAAAAUAGGUUUCCUCUUAUAUUUGAUAUUGAAAAAAAUCUUUAAGAAAUUUGGAACCAUAGAAAAGCUAUAAGGUGUAUGUAGACCACUUAAUCACUGAAUAUCCUGAGUACAUUAGCCAUUGAUAAUUUGCCUGUUUAGAUGGCCCCUGUUUGAACUCUCAUGCUUUGGAGAACUAACUUCUUCCAGAAGGUAACAUUGAAAGUGCCAUGUUGCACUUCUGGGUGAUCUCUGCUAAUGGCACUUUGGAAUUGUUUUAGUAAGUCAUUUUAGACAUAACAUUUAUUAUCACUGUGGAUCCAGUUGUCGGGUGUUAUCAGUUCUUUGAAGAAAUAAAUUUUGAGGAGGUGUGGGAGGAAGGAAUACAUUUUAUAAAAUCUUACAACAAAGCUCAUGACUAACCUUUGAAGAGCAGGAGUUUUAAGUAUGCUGUUAAAAAUCUGUAAUGGACAGUUAAGGGAAUUACCAGGCAGUGAAAGAAACGUGAGCUUGCCAAACAAGGAUUCCAGUGUAGAUUCUGUCUUUACUCAGUGCUCUUAAACAGGCAAGUUACAGUUAAAGAUCAAAUAGAAGAACCUGCCAUUGUUGUUCCACAUCUGGAUGUUGCUGUUUACAUUCCUUUGUUGAGCCUAUGUCUUCAUAAGCUUUUUAGCAGGUAUAUGUCGAACACUUUUGUUUCAUGGUCAAGACAGGAUCAGAGGCCAUGGAUACUGACAACUGAUUUGUCUGUUUUAUUCUGUCUUUUUCCAUGACUAUAUCUACUGCCUCGUCUUGAUUUAUAAGCAAAACCUGGAAAACCUACAAAAAUGUGUUUUGUCGUUAUCUAGGAAUAAUACAGAAAAUAAUUGCUGUUAUUUUUGGUGAAGAAAGUCAAUUUUGUAUAGUUUAUUUCAACGUAAAUAAAAUGUGAAUUUUGUUUAAA